AAUCCUUUUAAACCCCUCCAAAGAGGAGGCAGCAAAUCAUAAGCAGAAGUGAGGGCAGUGGCACCAGCGAAGGUUACUGGGCAUGCUCAGUACACCCAAAGUAGGGAAAGGGGAGUAGGGUCUGUUUGCGUCGGGGUUGGGCUGCUUCCCUCCGCCUUGCUCUCCAGCUGUUCGCCUUCCCCGCGCAUCUUCUCUGCCUCUCCGCUGCCCGGGGCCACGCCACGCCGCUCCUCGCUGCCCGUCCUGCACCGGCUCCCCAGCCAUGGACCCCCCCAGCGCUGUGCCCUACGCCCGCCUGGAGAUCCCCAACCUCGACUCCGUGCCCUCCUACAAGUACUGGUCCAUCUUUAACAUCCUCUGCUGCUGCCUGCCCCUGGGGCUGGUCGCUGUCUUCUACUCGGGACAGGUGGAGGAGUGCCUAGCACGUAGAGAUAUCGCAGGAGCGAAGAGCGCCUCCAACACUGCAAGAACCAUCAACAUCCUCGCCAUGGUGAUCGGGCUGGCAUGCAUUGGUGUGACCAUAUUCUUUAUGAUCCAGAGAGUUCAGCUGCUCCAAGCAGCACAACCCACCCAGUCUCCCUUAUACUACAAUUUAGGCUGAGGCCAUGGUGCUGCCCCUCAGGCUUGGGGAGAUGAAACCACCACUGCAAAAAUGUCUUUGAAUUCUGCUCUGUUGGGGUUCUCGCUCUUCUUUAUUCUGCUGGUAGCCAGUAAACUUCCUCUGCAGCUGGUACUGUCAUAAGUGUGUUUGCAGGUCUUAUGCCCCCAAGAUCAUCAUCAAGCGGACACCUGCAGAUGCUGAAUUGGGACUCCCUCUCUCUGCCUUCAGCGCAGCCACUUAGGUAUAAUUCUCAUGGCACUAACUCCUUUCUCACUAGGAUGGAAAGAAAUCAAGAAAAAGCACUAAAAUCUUUCCAGGCCAUGCAGACAGACUUGCUACCCCAUGCCAAGGUUCUCUAAUAAAUCACCACCUGGGAGCAGGGGCUGCACUGCGUGGGGGGGGAAGCUGGCAGGGGCUACACUGUGGGGGGGGGGAGCUUGCAGGGGCUAUUGCCUCUCCCCCCCCUGUAGCAGCUGCUGCUCUCCAGUCACCCAGGUCUGAAGACACAGAGGGAAGAGCAGUGGCUGUUGGCUGGGUGCCCAGCCCUGAAGGCAGCGCCACCAGCAGCAGGGGCCUGAGAGCAGCUCCUGACCCUGUGUCUUGGCCCCUCGGGGCACACUGUCCAGGGCAGGUGGAGGGUCUGGGGCUCCCCACAGCUGCCUGUUCUGGCCUGGGUUCCAGGGCUCUUAGCCCUAGAGCUAGGUCCCCCAGCGUGGUGGCUAGUACUGGCUGUGAGCAGUUGAAGGGCAGUCACAGCCUGGCCAGGGGGCAGGUGGGGUCAGCAUUUAGGAGGAACAAGGGUGGGGCUAUGGAGAGCCAGGGGCACAGCCCCCUCUUCCAGUCUCCUCCCCUCAAAUUCUUUCAGGCUUAGAUAAAAUAAGUCUUGGGUCUAGCAGUGAUCUCUGGUAGCCACAUUCAUCCCCAGUCUCCCCCUUUCCCCCAACGCAGCCUUCACUGGCUCUAGUCCUAGCAAGCUGUGUGCUUUAAACAGGUUACUAAGUGCCUGGUAGCUAAGACCACUACCAUUUUCCCACUAGCUCCUGGAGGAGAUGAUUGUAGUCAAUUACUGUGAGCUGUUCAGGGCUAAUUAAUGUAAUCACUUCUGUGUGAAAGUUUUGUAUCAACUCUUGUUAUAAAUGUAACUGAAAGAUUGGGAUAAAAACAUGUCUGUUUUACUUUGGCUGUGACACCACCACUUUGUAUGAUCAGUUUCAUAGUUGCUGCUAGGUAUGGCCUUUUACCCACCACCACCAAAGCAAAAGAGAGGGAAUGGAUCGUAAAAGGCCAGAAAGUGGUAGGGGAGCUCAAAGGCAGAUAGGGAACCUUGAACUACUUUAAAUUCUUCUGAGUCGAUUUCACUGUGUCUGUUAAGCACAGCACCUUGCCCUUCACAAGAGCUGAUGGAAGAGUUCAGAAGCACAGAUUAAGAAUAGGAGAAUGGAUUUUACACGGUGCCUAUAUACUUUUUAGAAGAGGGGGGUUAUCUGUAAUCAGCUUAUUCCAAUGUUUCUAAAAAGCUUACAAAAAUGUAAAUAAAUGCUUCCGAUACUAAAGA